AUGCCACCGAAAAAAGUCAACACAGAGGGCUCUCCGGCAGAAGACCAGUCCCGUCUACGCCGUAAAAGGUCACAUCUUGAAGUGGAAGCUUCCCAGGAAGAUGUUGACGCCACUACACCAUCGAAAAGGCGACGAAGCUCCGUGAAUUCGUUACACCAAAAUGUCGAGUCUGGUGUAUCAGAAAGCAUUAAUGGGACCAGCAUUCAAAAUGGCACAUCCGACUCUAGCGAGCACUCGGAACCGGCUCUGGAAGCGCCUUCCCAAGAACCCAAGACGACGCCAAGGAAAAGAGGGCGCCCUCCAAAAGCAGCGUCGCAGAGUAACACGCCCACUCCAAAAGCGAAACGUCAACGAGCAUUUCAAACUCCGACAAAAGGAACAAUUGCCGACGACGCCACACCGCGAAGGCAGGCAGGCGCAGACCGUUCGGCGAGAAGAAAGAGUGCAAGGGCAUUGAUAGAGCAGGUUGUGGGAGAUGGCGACAGCGACGACCAAGAUGAGGAUGAUGCUCUGGCAAGGGAAAUUUACGAAUCAAGCGAAGGCGAAGCAGACGAUGAGAUAUUCCAGAGUGCCAGGAGCAACAAGGAACAACCAGGCGUGGAUGGCUUGGUGGACAACGCGGCCGAACAACCUGCUGUAACUCCAACCAAACGAAGAGCUCGAAAGAAAGCACGAUCUCCAACACCUCCUCGCGACCUCCCACCUCACGAGCUCUACUUUGUGCAAAAUAAGCCCGGGCGGCCGAAAACCUCGAAUAAUACACUCGCCUCGUUGGACUUGCUCACGCAUGAUGAGUACUUCAAGAUCCUCAAUGGAAGAGAAGAAAAACACAGUGGCGAUAUACAAUACCUCGAGUCUCUGCAUGCCGAAUCAUUUCCACAAUGGGCUUUCGAAUUAGCGGAAGGCUUCAGCCUCUGUCUGUACGGAUACGGAUCGAAAAGACAAUUGCUCCAAAAAUUUGCCAAGCACCUUCAUUCCACAAGUCCGAAAGGAAAACUGCGGAAAAUCGUCAUGGUCAAUGGCUAUGCAUCAACAAUGACGAUGCGAGAAAUCCUCGCUACCGUCGCGGUUGCAGUAGAUCCGAAGAGGCGGAUUCCGACCACGCAGCCGGCUGCCAUGGUUCAAAACAUACUCGCCCAUCUCUCGACCACCAACAUUGCCCUCACGAUCAUUGUCAACUCGAUCGAUGCUGUGCCUCUGAGGAAACUCGGGCAUCAGUCUGUACUUGCCCAACUGGCAUCCCACCCCCAGGUCGGCCUCGCAUGUUCUGCAGAUACCCCUGACUUCUCUCUUCUGUGGGAUAUCGGCCUCAGAUCUGCUUUCAACUUCACGUUCCAUGACUGUACCACAUUUUCCCCGUUCACUGUUGAGCUUAAUGUCGUGGAUGAUGUCCACGAACUCCUUGGCAGGAAGGCUCACCGUGUCAACGGCCGUGAAGGUGUCGCUUUCGUUCUUCGCAGUCUUCCCGACAACGCGAAGAACCUGUUCCAGCUUAUCGUCGGUGAGAUUCUCAUCGCGAUGGAGGAGGAGGCCAGCGAAGGCGAUGAAGUGGGUGUCGAGUAUAGGAUGCUCUAUAACAAAUCGGUGGAAGAGUUUAUUUGCAGUUCGGAAAUGGCCUUCCGGACGCUACUAAAAGAAUUCCACGAUCACCAGAUCAUCACUAGCCGAAAGGAUGCCCUCGGCACCGAGUUGCUCAGCGUCCCAUUCCGGAAAGACGAGCUCGAGGCUAUUUUAGAGGACUUGACUGCAUAA